AUGACUAAAAACAUAAACACUAUAAAAAUACAAUCACCACCACCAUAUUUAUCGAUUAUCCACAAAAAUAGUCCAAACAAAGAUGCUAAUACCACCAUUACCUCAAAACAUGCACCUACAGUUCUAACAAUUGCUGGAUCAGAUAGUUCCGGUGGUGCAGGUAUCGAAGCGGAUUUAAAAACAAUAACCUGCAACAAAUGUUACGGAUGUACCUGUAUUACAACACUUACAGCACAAAAUCCCCACGGUGUGAUCGAUCACCUUGCAAUUCCACAAAAAAUUGUAGCAAAUUGUUUGAAAGCUAAUUUUAAAGAUUUACAAAUCGAUUGUGUUAAAACUGGGAUGCUAACUUUCGAAGCCAUCAAUGCGAUAUACGAAGAGUUGCUCAAUAAUGAUAAAUGUAAUGACCUCAAUUUUGUUGUUGAUCCCGUUUUCGUUGCCACUUCUGGUUUCCAAUUGACAUUUGAUAACCCUAAGAACGAAUUAAUUAAACAGUUGUGUGAGAAAAUAUUUCCACAUGCCUUAUUGAUAACCCCUAAUUUGGAAGAAUCUAUUGAUAUUUUGGAAUAUUUUAAAGAAGUUGCUGGCAACAACAAUACUUUUGGUAUCGAGGAUAUUGGCUCUGUUGAUGAUUUGAUUUCUAUUGCCAUUGACAAAAAUAUUACAGAUGUUUUAUAUCUAUCAAAGGAAAAUAAAAUUAUCGUAUAUGAAUCUCAAUAUAUCAACACUAAAAGCACCCAUGGAACUGGAUGUACUUUAAGUAGUUGCAUUGCCUCAAAUUUAGCUCAGGGGUAUGAUUUGGUCAAUAGUUGUUUUGGUGCUAUUGAAUAUGUUUCCAAUUGUAUAUUUAUGGGCCAAGCAAACUACACACCUUGCAAAAAAGUCGAUAUUAAUGGGAUUGACAAUGGGCCAAUUAACCAUUGCUGGAAUAUUAGUAAAUCCCCUAUACAAAGAAUGUUUGAUGACACAUUGUACUCAAACCCACCCACGGUUGGCACUAAUAUUAGCAACACUCACAAACUUUACGACACCGAAAAAUCAUUUUAUGAAUAUUUGAUUACUCAUCCUGAAAUUGCACCACACUGGGAAAGUUACACAAAACAUCCAUUUGUUGAUAAACUGAGUAGAAAUGAAUUGCCUUUGCAUCAAUUUGAAUUUUAUAUCGCUCAGGAUUAUUAUUAUUUGGUUGGUUACGCCAAGAUAAGUUCUUUGUUGGCCGCCAAAAUCCCUGGAUAUGAUGGAUUAUUACAGCAGUUGGAGAUCAUCGGCAAUGUUAAUGCUGGACUUAAUAGACAUAUUAAGAGGAUAGGUGCUAUAGAGAAUUGCAGUGAUGCUUUGGAAACUAUUGCUUACUUGGAAGAAGCCCCUCGUAGAUUUGCUUUAAAAAAUUAUCAUAGAAUAUUCAAAGAUAUUGCUGAUAAUAAUGGUACCCACCUUGAGUUAAUUAUUGCUGUUGCUCCUUGUUUGCACGGCUAUGGUGUAGCUUCCUCGAAUUUUAUUAAAAAUUUGGAUUCAAAUGGUGAUAAUAGUAGUUUAAAAAGUAAAAUGUAUCGUGAAUGGAUGACUGAUUAUUCUAAUGAUCAUUAUCAAAAGGCGAAGAAAGAUGGCGUUGAACUAUUAAAUAAAAUCGGCGAGUAUAUCAAUUACACCGGGGAUUCCAGUAGAUUGGAAAACUUGAUUCAAAUCUUUAAAGAAGUUGUUAUUUUGGAAACCAAAUUUUGGGAUGAAGCCUUGAAGGCUGAUGAGGAAUGGUACUAUAAGCAGACAUAA